GCUCAACUUCGCAGAUCACUCACUCAGCGGGAGGUAUACAAAAAACACAGAGAGAGCUGCCAUCAAGGUUUGAAGUUCUUUGGUUUGCUGUUUUGUCCUGCACUGGGGCGUUCCUCGGGCCGCUCAAGUACUGUCUACUCCGUCUUCGCUCCCAUGUCUCUUUUCACGCCAGAAAAGAGAAACCGCGCCGAUUUCUAAAGAGAGGCGUCCUGAGUGGAGUCGCUUUGUUCCGAAUUCCCCAAGCAAAAUGGCAAGUAGUCUGUGCAUUACAAAUGCAAAACCACCCCCGAGUCGGGAUUCAAAACUGCGAUACGUUUCGGGUGCGGCAAGUUCCUCAAACGUGACUUCCCAGCGUCGAGAGAAGACGGAGAAAAGAAAAGAACUUAGUUCCCGAAAGUCUUCGAGGUCAAGAAAUAGAGAUACUAAACAACUGAGUGAUGAGAUAGUUGGGAAUACAGAAGGUGUUGUACGAAGCGCGUUUCUUGAGUCUUCUGUCUCCGUAGAGGAUAGUUAUCAGAAUUGUCACAUUGAUGAAAGCAAAGGAAGAGAUACUUCGGAUUAUGGUGGAUCCGUGAGUGACGGACGUUACGGCGGGGAAAGUCCAAGUCAAGACAUGCGUGAUGCACACAUCGUGCUGCAACCAUCAGCUCCCUCUCACAGAUUGGCGUCAGAAAGUAACUCCGAGAUCAAUGGCGACGACAUGUCAACUCAGAUGGAACACGGCAACUGCACACAGUACAACACAUCAAAGACAAUAGGCACAUUAAACACGGAGCUCGAAUCACACAAUCAACACACCCAGAAUUCACAACAGCCUAACGAUUUCGACGAAGGGACUCGUAUUUCUAACGACUUUCCAGGUGUUGAAGGACCUGAAAACGGAUCUCAAAAAGACUCAAACCUCGACUCUCGCGACUUGGACGAGUUGGACUUGGAUUUACCUCCACACCCAAUCAACGCCGCCUUUUACAUGACGACCGCCACUGGAUUACCAGACGAGAUAGGCUUUCCCGUGAGACCUUGUUCCCCUGACAACGGACGUUUGUUUUCCCCGAAUUGUCAGGAGAUGGGUGAGAAGAAGAAAAAGGUAGGACAGUACGUUCUGGGCAGGACCAUUGGCGAGGGCUCCUACGCCAAGAUACGACUGGCCACGCAUCUCAUUUCUAAACAACAGGUAGCCAUUAAAGCUGUGACCAAGAAGACUCUGGUAUACCGGGAAGCUGCAAGACGUCACUUCCGGCGCGAGGCAUUGUUGUUACGGAGCUUGAGCCACCCAAAUAUCGCACGGAUCUACGAGGCCAUGGAGACUUCCAACUCGUACUACCUGGUCUUUGAGUUUGUGUCAGGGGGGAGCCUCCUCACACAUCUGUCCUUGGGAGAUCUCAAACUUGAGAAUUUCCUUCUGGACGCCAACAAUAACGUCAAGCUAGUCGAUUUCGGUCUGAGCUCGGUGUGCCACCAAUCAGAGCAUCCCCUGAGCACCCAAUGUGGCAGCCCCGUGUACGCGGCACCGGAACUCUUCGCUGGCCGGAAGUACGGAAGGGCCGUUGACGUUUGGAGCCUGGGUGUCUGUUUCUACGCCAUGCUGAUUGGAAGAUUGCCCUUCCUACCCUCUGACGUCACAUCCUUGGCACAACUCUACUCUCUCAUUAUCAAGGGUUGCCAAAUCCCGGACACUUUAUCCCCAUCGUGCCAGAACUUGCUGCGGAGGAUGUUGGAGUUGCACGAGAGCCGCAGGAUAUCCACAGAAGAGAUGCUGUCUCACCAUUGGUUAAUAUAUCCUGAAGGACAGCCAAUCAAACGAUACCCUCCGGUGUCGAAGAACGGCGGCGCAGGCUCACUAAAUCACGGUGUUAUCAAAUACAUGUGCACAAUGUACAGAUUUAGCGAGAGUGACGUCAUCAAUUCUGUUCUGGAGAGGAAGCUCAGUCCAGCUGCUGCAACUUACAACAUACUGAAGGACAGCACUGAUUCUGGGCGAGCUACCUUUUCCUUCCCUAUCGAGUCAGUGAAGGGUUUCCGAAAGAAACAAUCGGGUCGGGGAUUGACAGCCCUGGGUAACCUGGACCAGAAUCCAACACUUUGUGUGGACCCAGGAAAUGAGUUGUCGUCCCACAGUUUGACGUCUGAGCACAACGGGCAUACCUCGGACACGUCAAGGUCAAAUUAUAGACUACACGGUCAGGACACUGUGAGUGAGACAGAGUCGGAACAUUAUUCUCAAGAUCUGAACUCUUCUUCGUUGACCUCGUACAAAACUUGCCUUCUCGGACUAAAGAACUCUCGUCAUCGAGAUGAGAACAUAUCGGGACAGCUUCGGGGUAGUCAGAAGUUGGCAGCGCCCAGGUAUGUGUUAGUAGGGCGGUCUCCAAGGGCCAGGCGGGACGAGAACCACACGACAGCAGUGUCGUCUUCACUUCCGGCUCUGCCUGUGGUUAGGAACGGCGUGGGAGUGCGCAGCUCCCCCGGUGAAGGGCAAAAUAGUCCCACCAAACCGCCUCAUGUUCGCGUAACGCUCCCAUCUCAUGGACUCGAUCUUGGUGUACGCGGGGUCUCCCCCUGGAUUAGUACUUUAGGUCAUGCUCCGCCCCCGGGAGCUAGACUUGUCAAUCACAAACACGGAUAUCCGUGCGUGCCCAAUGGUGAAAGCAGAUUGGGCCUUGGUAUACUAGGAGCAAACGGCAGGACUCCGCCUCCGGUCCCUCCCAAUUCGUCGUUCGGAUCCCACUCUUUAUACAACAACAAAUACUCCGACUUGUACGUCAGUCAGUCAGGGCCACUCUACCCAUAUCCUAUGCCACUGAAUCUAUACAAUAUAGAGGCGGGGUCUCAACCUUACGUCAAAUAUGGACCGCCAAGGGCAGUCAGCGAACCCCCUCGCCCAUCCCUCUCUUUACUGCGUGACCCGUUCGGUCAAGAUACCUGGAAACGCGCUCGGACUAGCAAUCACAAGUCACAAGGAUUCCUCAACACCAAGAGAGGUUUCCAGAGGUCUCCAAACAACGACAUGACGCGACAGUUGGGCCGUAUCUCAGACGAGAAUGACGUCACUGACAGCGAGGGGCGUGUCCAAGAGCGGAAGAAGGCUGGCCUCAUGACGAGGGGCGCACAACCCUUCAACGAAAGUAUGAAUGUUUUUGAAAGAGAAAUUCGUAUCUCUCCUGGUAAAAGAAAUGGCCUAGCACAUCACAGCAAUGGCAUCCCAGUCACCAACAUACCGGGUGACCAUACUGACCAUCGCAACACACCCAGAGACGGCCUGAGCCCGAGGCGGGAGGAUACAGAAACCCCGCACAGUUUAGCCAAUGAGAAAGAGGAGUUUCCCACUCCAGUCACGAGAGUCACCAUACAGAUCAAGGGGUGAAAAUCUGGACGGACAAGGGUUGGAAAAUGGAAGACCUGGAAACAAGACAGACCUGAAAACAAGGCUGAGCCUGCGUCCGUAUAUGAUAAUUUCUCAAAAGGAGGCAAAAAUAAAAAGUCGCCACUUUAAUCAUCUUAUUAUUCUAAGAUUCAAGAGAAUGUCGACAGACGUUGAUUUGUUUUGCUUUGAUAUAACUGCACGAUUUCUCUCUUUUCCUGCUUUGUUGGUAGCUCAGCUUUGUAAGAAUUGUUUUUAUGCGCGAGGAAGCCAGAUGUAGAGAAAGUAAAAAUCCAGCAUUUUGGGGGAUUUGGACGGACACACGCUUUUGUUCUCAUGCUAUCUGAUGACGGUCCUGGCAGAAAUAAUUCAACAAUCAUGCAUUGGACUACUUCUUCUUUUCCCUGUAUUUUUGUCUGAUUGAAAAAACUGGCGUUUGUGGUGUAGCGGUUAGGAGUUUUUCGCACUCAGAACUCCUGAGCGGAACUCCAUAUGGGGAGAAUUUCAAUCGAGAGUCUUGGUCUUUCUGACUGGAUAUUGUAUCUCUUUCAGCCAGGGUUUGAUAUGACAGCCAGGGUCAGAAGUCAGCCUCCUACAUUAUCAAAAUUUGUUACAAUGGAGAAGCAAAAGCUCCCUCAAUUUUUUUUUAAAUUCUUCAGAUAUCAACAUUUUGAGCAGUCAUAAAACUGCUAAUUGAUUAAUCAAUUAUUAGUUAGCUAAUCAAAAUAUGCAAAACUUUCGUGUUAAGUCAUUACCUGAGAAUCACGUCGCCAAUCAUCGCUUUGCAAGGGAGACAAACAUUUCAAUUUAUUAGGCAAGAAGGAGUUUUUUUCCUUGGGCUGUUAUCGUGUUUUGAACUUCUAAUAACAGUAAGUGUGUAUUGUCAUCAAACAAAAACAUAGGCUCACCAAGGCGUGACCAAUAUAUGUAUACAUCAAAGGUGCAGACUUUUGCACACUGAUGUAAGUUCAUGAGGGGUUUUUUUUCUUCUAAGUACACAUACUCGAGCCCACUCUAACACAA